AUGAGGCUUGAAAAGUGCUUUUUCUGCUCGUCGACCAUCUACCCCGGGCACGGGACGAUGUUCGUGCGCAACGACUCCAAGGUGUUCCGUUUCUGCCGCUCGAAGUGCCACCGCAACUUCAAGAUGAAGCGCAACCCCCGUAAGGUUCGCUGGACCAAGGCCUUCCGUAAGGCCGCUGGCAAGGAGCUCGCCAUGGACACCACCUUCGAGUUCGAGAAGCGCCGCAACGUCCCGGUCCGCUACGAUCGCGACCUCAUGCAGACCACUCUGCUGGCCAUGAAGCGCAUCCGCGAGAUCCGCGAGCGCCGCGAGACCCAGUUCUACAAGAACCGCAUGAAGGCCGCCAAGGAGAAGCAGAUCAAGGAGAUCGAGACCGAGAUCGAGCGCAACAUCAGCCUGGUCAGCCUGCCGGCCGCCCGGAAGAUUGCCCGCGAGCAGGCCGAGAAGCUUGCCCCUGUCAAGGCCAUCAAGGAGGACCAGGACGCCAAGAUCGCCGACGAGUAA